GAGCUCAAGAGGAGAUUGACGACAGCACCGGUUUUGACUAUCCCAGAUCCUUCUCAGAGUUUCACCAUCUACAGUGAUGCUUCGAGGCAGGGCUUGGGAUGCGUCCUCAUGCAGGACGGACGGGUCGUUGCGUACGCUUCACGCCAGCUUAAGCCCCAUGAGCAGAACUAUCCUACGCACGACUUAGAGUUAGCCGCAGUCGUUCACGCCCUGAAGAUCUGGCGUCAUUAUCUUUACGGCGGACGCUGCGAGAUAUUCACUGACCAUAAGAGCCUACAGUACAUCUUUACGCAGAAGGAGCUUAAUAUGAGGCAGCGCCGUUGCCUCGAGUUGGUCAAGGAUUAUGAUUGUUCCAUCCAGUACCAUCCGGGGAAGGCGAACGUCGUCGCAGAUGCCCUAAGCCGAAAGGUGACGGGAGACUUGACGUACGUCAUCACGCAGCAGAGUCCCUUGAUCCAUGAGUUCGCCCGGAUGCAGCUUCAGGCGAUUGAUGCACUCCCCAUAGCUGUCUCGGGGAGUACUAGUGCCAAUGUCAGUGCUAUGCAACUUCAGCCAACACUGAGGGAGAGGAUCCGGCGAGAGCAGGCUUCUGAUGAGUUUGUGCGUGUCAUGGAGGCCAAGGUUCGCUCCGGAGGA